AUGAUCGCGGCCAUUUCUCCCCUCCAUUCCGCAACAACGGUCCACGCUACCAACCCGACCCGAAAGCACCGCUCUUGCGAGGCCCUCUGCUGCAGCGGCAACCUAGGGUUUCGGUCCUCUGAGCGUAGGCGGUGGGUAAACCCGACCCGGAUGGAGUUGCUCAACCGAAUUAUAGGCGGCGGAGGCUGCUUCAGGGACCCCAGCCGCCGGGAGAUUAAGGUGGAGAUCGACAGCGGCGGCGAGGAUGUCUUCGCCUCCCACCCCAAGGGCGGCGCUGUGCCUGAACAUCUUGUCAUUAUGGUCAAUGGAAUCAUCGGCAGUGCUUCAGACUGGAGAUAUGCUGCAGAACAGUUUGUGAACAAGCUUCCUGAUAAAGUAAUUGUGCACCGCAGUGAAUGUAACUCUUCAAUGAUGACAUUUGAUGGUGUUGACAUGAUGGGUGAAAGGCUAGCCGAAGAGGUAUUAGCUGUUGUCAGAAAUAGGUCUGAGGUCCGGAAAAUAUCAUUUGUGGCUCACUCUUUAGGAGGGUUGGUUGCAAGGUAUGCCAUUGGGAGGCUUUACGAACGUUGUCCACAAUCUGAACCCUCAGGUCAUAAUGGUAAUUGCUUAAUUGAAGGGCAUACAAAUAAUUUGACACAAUCCCUUGACCAGCCUCACCACGGUACAAUUGCUGGACUGGAACCAAUGAACUUUAUAACGUUCGCAACACCACAUCUUGGUUCAAGGGGAAAUAAACAGCUCCCAUUUCUCUGUGGUCUUCCUUUUCUUGAGAGAAGAGCUUCUCAAACUGCGCACUUUAUUGCUGGGAGAUCCGGGAAGCAUCUCUUCCUAACAGAUGAUGAUGAUGGCAGACCUCCUCUUCUUCUUCGAAUGGUUAAUGACUCUGAUGACCUAAAAUUCAUAUCAGCAUUACGUGCAUUUAAGCGCCGUGUGGCAUAUGCUAAUGCAAAUUACGAUCAUAUGGUUGGGUGGAGAACAUCUUCAAUCCGGCGUCAAGAUGAACUUCCGAAGUCCAAUCUACUUGGAACCAAUGAGAGAUAUCCACAUAUUGUAUAUGUCAAGCAAGAAACUUUUGAUGAUAUUCAUAUGAAAGCCUCUUCAUGUGCUCAAGACCAAAAAAUAGACUUGGAAGAAAAGGUCCCAUCCUUCAAUAUCAUGAUUGGGUCGACCAGGCCAGAUCAUGAAAAGGAGUCAGCUGUCUGCGCAAGUCACCUUCUUCUAGGCUCUGCUGUAUUACUGUAUUUGGGGUUUAUAUGCCAUGAGAAUGACAUAACUCAUGUGUCCUUAAACAACACUUCAAAACCUGAAGUCAGAGUUGCCUGA